CGCUGGAUGAGCCGCCCUGAGACUCCGUAGACAGAGCUUCACCUGAACUGCAUCACUUCUCCAACCAGAUACUGUUUGUCACAGAAGCCGCUGCAACAUGGCUCUGAGCACACUGCUGGCCACCUUUCUGUGCACCAUCGUGCUUCCGAUUCUGUUGUUUCUGGUCACGCUGAAGCUCUGGGAGGUUUACAUGAUUCGAAGCAGAGACCGGAGCUGUCCCAGCCCGCUGCCCCCCGGAUCCAUGGGCUUACCUUUCAUUGGAGAGACGCUGCAGCUCAUCCUCCAGAGGAGAAAGUUUCUGCGGAUGAAGCGGCAGAAGUACGGUUACAUCUACCGCACACACCUCUUCGGGAACCCCACGGUGCGCGUCACUGGAGCGGAUAAUGUCAAGCAGAUUCUGCUGGGGGAACACAGGCUCGUGUCCGUGCAGUGGCCCGCUUCUGUGCGCACCAUCCUGGGCUCGGACACACUGUCUAACGUGCACGGAACCCAACACAAGACCAAGAAAAAGGCCAUCAUGCGGGCCUUCUCCAGGGAGGCUCUGGAGCUGUACGUUCCCAUCAUCCAGGAGGAGAUGCGGGCAGCAGUGAAGGAGUGGCUGGCUAAGGACUCCUGUGUUCUAGUCUACCCGGAGAUGAAGCGGCUGAUGUUCCGCAUAGCCAUGAGGAUCCUGCUGGGCUUUGAGCCGGAGCAGAUCAAAAUUGACGAGCAGGAGCUUGUGGAAGCUUUUGAGGAAAUGAUCAAGAAUCUGUUCUCUUUGCCCAUUGAUGUGCCUUUCAGCGGACUGUACAGGGGUCUGAAGGCAAGGAAUUUCAUCCACUCCAAGAUAGAGGAGAACAUCAGGAAGAAGGUGCAGGAGUCCAGCAAGGAGUCCAAACACAGAGAUGCUCUGCAGCAGCUCAUAGACAGCAGCAAGAAGAACGGGGAACCAGUCAGCAUGCAGGCCAUUAAGGAGUCUGCCACAGAGCUGCUGUUUGGGGGCCAUGAAACCACUGCCAGCACAACCACCUCUCUGAUCAUGUUCCUGGGCUUGAACCCUGAAGUUGUGGAUAGACUGAGGCAGGAACUGAUGGACAAGGAAGAGCAGGGAAUGGACCUCCAGAGUCUGAACAUCGAGUCCUUGGAGCAGUUGAAAUACACCAGCUGUGUCAUUAAAGAGACUCUGAGGAUCAACCCUCCUGUCCCUGGAGGCUUCAGAGUGGCCCUCAAGACCUUUGAACUCAAUGGUUACCAAAUUCCCAAAGGCUGGAACGUCAUCUACAGCAUCUGUGACACCCAUGAUGUGGCAGAGAUGUUCCCCAACAAGGAAGACUUCCAGCCGGAGCGCUUUAUGACUAAACCCUCUGCCGACUCCUCCAGGUUCCAGUACAUCCCAUUUGGAGGGGGCUCUAGAAUGUGUGUGGGUAAAGAGUUUGCUAAGGUCCUGUUGAAGAUCUUCCUGGUGGAAGUGGUCACAAAGUGUAACUGGACUCUUUUAAAUGGGCUACCCACCUUAAAAACAGGGCCUACUGUAUAUCCUGUGGACAAUCUGCCAACCAAGUUUACCAGCUAUGUACAAAACUGAAUUGCAAUGAUGAGGGGUCAUGUUUCCUUAAAGCAGCGUAGAGUGAAUUGUGAGGUUUCCCCAAAACUCUUACAACAUUUGUUUACCUCCAAAUCCAUUGGGAAACUACGGUAUAAUCAAGGUACUUAGGGAGUUUUUGGAAACACUUAAGAAACGGAUCAAAGGCCGGAUUUACACGGGAAGAGAAAAUAUGUUCGUAAUUCUAAUCUUUUGGGCUUGUCAAUGUGGGUUUUUGGCAUGACUUAAAUUAUACAUAUUGUAGAUGAAUUAAUGUAUUUUACAUGUGAUGUUAUGUUAACAUGUUGGCUUUGUAUAUACUGUAUAUGUAUUUUUUCUAAGAUAUGAACAAACUAAACGAGAGGCACUAUACACAGAAAUGGAACACAUUUAAUCAGCUCAGAGGUGUAUCUAUAUCAUAAUGUACAUAUGAAAUGUAGAGUCUGUUUAUAUAACUUUUGUAUCUCACCCCAACUUAUUUAAAUGACUUGUAUUCUAUUGUAUGAGCUUUUUAUUUAAUAAAAUGUUUGCGGAGA